AUGGCUCCUAUUCGAGUUGGUCUCAUCGGCCUCGGCGCCACUGGUCCUGUUCUUGGUCCCGGAGCUUGGGCUGUUUCCGCCCAUUUGCCUUCUUUUGUCUCUUCCCCUUAUUAUGAGAUUGUUGCCGUCUGCAACUCCUCGGUCGAAUCUGCUCAAAGAUCCAUCGACUUCCACAAGCUGCCCUCGACCGUCAAGGCAUACGGUAAUCCUGAGGAUAUCGCCAACGACCCAAAUGUUGAGCUGGUGGUUGUUUCCAUCAUCGUCACCAACCACUACAAGGUGGCCAAGCCUGCUCUCCUGGCCAAGAAGCAGGUUUUUGUCGAGUGGCCCCUUGGAGCUACCUCAGCACAAGCCGAGGAGCUAGCGCAGCUGGCUAAGGAGGCAAAUGUCAAGACAAUUGUUGGCACUCAAUUCCGCAAUGACCCUGCGCUGCUCAAGGUCAAGGAGCUCGUUGAUAGCGGGGCCAUUGGUAAGGUGACAAGCACACAGGCUCAGUAUUCACCCACCUUCGGGGGUCCUCCCGAUACUUGGAUGGCAGAUGCCCCUUACUACCUGGAUUUCAAGAGCGGCGGUAACGAGUUCUACAUUGCAUUUGGCCAUUUCCUGGACAGUUUCCUCUACGUACUGGGUGACUUUGCUACGCUGAAUGCGUCGUUCUCCAAGCAGUAUCCCAUAAUGAAGCUUUUUGAUGUAAAAACUGGCCAGAUUGUUGACCCAGCCUAUCCCAAGUCUACCCCAGACCACAUGUUUGUCCAAGGAGUCCUCGAGAGCGGUGCCCUCGCCAGCGUCAACUACCACCGACCAGGCCAUCUCAUUGGCAAGAACCUUCAAUGGAUCAUCUCCGGCACCGAGGGAGAGAUCGAGCUCACCGUCAACGGCUCACUGCAGAUGGGCCACACUGAGCGGGAAAUUCGCAUCAAGACGGCCAAGGAGGAGAAGGAACCGAGGAUUGUUGACUGGCAAGUUAGCACGCCGGCUCAUGUUGAGGUUGUGCAGUUUCCGGGACAGAACACGGCUCGUUUGUUUGAGGAUUAUGCUCGUGGCGAUAAGGAUGUUGCCGACUUUGAAGACGGUAUCAGAUUGCAUAGGCUGUUGGACAGAAUUGCGAAAGAUGCCGGAUAUGCUUGA